AUGACAACAUCCGACGUCCCCAAGUUUGUGCCCGUCUCCGAGUGGCCAACCCUUGAGGAGAUGGCAGAUGGGUUCCGGGAACAUCUCAUGCCCUCCACUUCCAAACUAAGCGGCCGAAACCUUGAGCACACCUUUGACAACGGCUACAAGAUCUCUCAUAUCUUUGGUGAUGCGAGCAAGCUCACAUGGAAGAUUCUGGAAGGAGAGGACAAGGGUCUCACUGGAGAAGCAGCGUACGAAGCCUAUGAAGUUCGACCAGACAUCUUCUUGAUAGACUUCUACAAGCCUUCAUACGAAGAGCAGGUCACUCUGGUUUUGGACACGACCACUGGCCAAUGCCUGGCCGGAGUCUCUGGUUUCCACGACCUCAAAGGGGAGCGCAGAACAUGGACCAAGUUCAUGAAUGCCAGCGCCCAGGGCAGCAACACAGUGGCGCCUUUCCCCGAAACUGAAGAAUUGAUCGGAAAGCACAUAAUGUACCGAUAUACACCUAGGGAUGCCUAUGAACACAUCUACUUGAACAAAGGCACCUUUACGUGGCACUGCCUCGACGGAACUGAGAAGGGACUGGCAGACUCAGAGGAGUGCAAGAUGCUGAAGCUACGGGAUAGCCUCUACCUCCUGUUCUGGACCGAGACGAUCAUGCCUGUCGAGUCCAUUGUGGUCAUUGACCUGGAGCACAUGCGUUCCACUGGGAGGUUCUACUGCUGGGAUCCAAAGCCGCAGCGCGCUGUUCACGUGCGAUUCGGCUCCUACGCUACGGUGUUGGCGGACACGAAGCCUUUAGAAGCGCUGGCCCGGGCUUCUCGGGUGAAGCAGAACCUGUGA